GGUCACUCACACUUCUGGGAAUCCCAAAGCCAGGGCCUGGACCCAGGAAAUGCAACCCCAUCGCGUGGGACCCAGAGCUGGGAUGGUGCCAGCCUGCUUGGGAUGCUGCCGCAGCAGACACUGUCCACUGAUCAGGAUCCUCUGUAGCUCCCACUCCCCAUCGAGGGUCUUUGCCCAGUGUCACUGCACCUAAUUGCAUCUAAACUGACCAUCCUGCACCUCCCUCCACCUCAUCCACCUUCCCUCCAGCUGAGACUCCUAACAGACUGGGACUAUAUCAGAAUUUAAAGUCUGAUGAAGACUGACUUUGAGCAGCCAUGUUCAGAGGACUCUGAUGAAGACCUUUCUAGAAUAUCUGCACUGUUCUAACCCAGCUACAAGGAACCACGGGAGAGGAGGGGACCACUCUAAAACAAGAUGAACUUUCCAGGAAGUGUCCCCAGGGAAAGAAGGAGUACAUGACCGUGGUCCCCAAACACCCACAGCCUCAGCCCUCACACAACACCUCUAAGAACACACCACCCUGAUGACAUUUGUGAAGAAAGAUAGUGGUUCGGAGACAUGCUCGUGUUUAAAAUUAUUUUUAUAAAAAGAAAGUUAUACUCCAAACUGCACACUCCUACAGACCAAUGCAGACAUUGUAUCAAAGGACAUUCUACUUUCAUUUUAAAAACCUACGCUUUGCCAAUGGCCGAAAUAAUACCUUCUUGUGCUACGAAGUGAGAAGAAUGGAGUGUGGCUUACCUGUCCGUCUCUACAGAGGGGUCUUUAAACAGGUCACCCCCAACCUCCACGCGGAAGAGUGCUUCCUCUACUGGUUCCACAGCAUAGUCCUGGAGGUGUUGUCCCCCAGGGAGGAAUACAAGAUCAUCUGGUAUUUGUCCUGGAGCCCCUGCUUCCACUGCGCUGACCAGGUAGCCAAGUUCCUGGCCACACACUGCAAUGUGAGCCUGCUCAUCUUCAGUGCCCGCCUCUACUGCUUCUGGGAUGAAUGGGUCCAGGAGAACCUUCGCAGGCUGAGUCAGGAAGGGGCCCAGAUGGCCGCCAUGUCCUUUCAAGAAUUUAGAGAGUGUUUGGAAAAGUUUGUGGACAAUGAUGGCCAGCCGUUCAGGCCUUGGAAGAAACUGUAUAGAAAUUACAGGUUCCAGAAUGCCAUGCUGCAGAAGAUCCUCAGGAGCACGAGUCUAAGUGAAAACAUAUUCCGCUUCCAGUUUAACAACCAGCAACGGAUCAAGAAGCCCCACCGCAGCAGGAGGACCUACCUGUGCUACCAGCUACAGUGGUUUGAUGGCCGAGAGCCACUCCGAGGCUACCUUCAAAACAAGAGAGCUAAGCAUGCAGAAAUUCUGUUAAUUGAUAUGAUGCGUUCCAUGGAGCUGGGCCAAGUGCAAAUCACCUGCUACAUCACUUGGAGCCCCUGCCCGACCUGCGCCCAGGAACUGGCUGCGUUCAAACAGGAUCACCCAGAUCUAGUGCUGCGGAUUUAUGCCUCCCGCCUGUACUUCCACUGGAAGAGGAAGUUCCAGAAAGGGCUGUACAAUCUAUGGAGAGCUGGGGUCCACGUGGAUGUUAUGGGCCUCUCAGAAUUCACUGACUGCUGGACAAACUUUGUGAACCAGCAAAAGCCCUUCAAAGCCUGGGACAGGUUGGAGGGAAACAGCAGGAGCAUAGGACGGCGGCUGUCAAGGAUCAGGGAGUCCUGGGGCCUGCAAGAUGUCAUAAACAGCUUUGGAAACCUACAACUUACACCUCCGUUGCCCUGAGUGGCAAGAAAGUAUUCAAGGCAGAUUCCAGAGCAUCGCCAGGCUUCCUAAUCUGCCCCAACCCUAGGUCUGGAAGACCCUUCUUCUUUCAUUCAUUCUGUUCGAUCUUCUAAGUGGGUGCAUGAUUUUAUAACAGAAAAACAUUAAGGUGGCAUAAUAGGUCGUGACUGUGAUCCCUGCACUUGAGAGGCUGAGGGAGAUUUGUCACAAGUUUGAGGUCAGUCUGGCUACAGAGUGAGACCUUAUAAACCUGAAUUGCUUUCUGAGAUUGUUUCAUUCAUAAAAAUGAAAAUAAAGGAUUUCUACUCUACAAAAACAAGAAAAGGGGCUGAGGGACGGCUCAGUGCUUAAG